GUCAACAUGUCAGCCCUGCGUGUGUUCUUCAUUGUUCUGUCACUCUGUGGUUUGCAGGUGGGAACAUCAGCACAGCGUCGCCACGUGCACGUGGUGGAGGCUGUUACAGGUGCGAACUGCGAGCUCCGGUGCACAGCUGAAGCCAAACCAGGUGUCAACUACACUUCAUUACGAUGGUACAAGUUUGGAGCUCCGCUGCAGUCGGCUCGUCCAGGCCUCGAGGUCCAGGAGCUUCCCAGCGGCGCCGUGGGGAAGUAUGUUGUCUUAGGGCGAGAGGUGGAGCUGCUGGACUGCUCCAUCUUCCUGCCCAACGUGACGUGCAGCGACGCUGGCGAGUACAUGUGUCGACUAGAAGCACCGAUAGGAGAGCAGGACAGGAUGGGGGAGGUUCUCCUCACUCUGUCAGAUUGUCAUGACACUGACAUGGGACAACUGUGGACAGACGCUCAUGUCAUUAUUUUUGCCUCAGCGAUGCUUUUGUUUGCACUUUUCAUCUUCCUGGUAGCUUAUGGAAGUUCAAAGACGAUCCUCCAAGACAGAAAGAAGACACCAAACCCAGAAAUCUCACUGGAUGCUCCGCUCGCACCGCUUGAUAAGAAGGACCUGAUGCUAAUCUCAACUUUAGGUCAACCAUAUUCUCCCAAGAAGUCCACCAUGAAGCACAUAUAUGUUUAAAAUGUGUACAAAUAUCACUACAAGACAAGCUACAGUAAAUAUAUCAGAUAUAUAUAAUUUAAAAAUAUUCCAGUAUAUUUUUUUACAUAUUUGUCUACGUUUGUUGUCAUAUGUGAAGUAACCUUAGACAUCCUGCUGAUAGUGUAAUAGGACU